AACCUCGCUGUCGAGACACUACACAACGCACGUAUGCCAGACAAGAUGAUUUUCUUCUGACAUAAUGGAAGUGUGUGCGUCUACUUAGAUUAAAAAGUAAUUUCUCUCUAGAACGACAGAAAUGACGUGUCACGACAUUGUCAUACAACUGACAGUCAAGUACGAUCAGAUAACUGGAGAAGACCGUUUGCGGAUUUAAUUUGAACAAAAGUUAUCGCAAAAAUGGAGACGGAGUCUAGAAAACAGAAUUUGGACAGAAGUGCCGUGCAUCUCUUCGGAGACAGUGGCAUGACGAUCCUGCCAUGGACAAAGCAAAUUCUGUUUGUUUUGUGGGAGCAGCUGCGUUUCCUGGUUCAUCUGAUCUACUACAGCUUCAUGUCAGUCUUUCAGAUGUUCCGUCUGGAAGUCCAUUUGAGAAUCUCAGAGGAGACCGGACCGCACAUUCAGCACAUGAACACACCUGGCAAUCCAGCAGAAGGCUUCUUUCUGUCCUCCUUGUUUGACAAUAACAAAAGCGUGAUUGUCUCCGGCUCCAGCUCCUUAUCCAAGCUGAGCAGUGACUUGGCCGGUACCCACCCAGGGUCUCUGCUCUCCAGCCUGGUGUCGGACGAGCUCUGCUGCUCUCUUGUGGAUGACUUUGUGGCUCGGGCAGCCGAGGGGUUCUCCGACACAGAGGACCUCACCAUCGGCCAGCACGCCAGCUGGAAACUGGGCUGCCCUGGUGAGUGGAAUGUGUUUGUGGGAUCUGACCACAGCAGCGGCAGUAACAGCAGCAGCAGCGACCUCUUCUACAGGUCCACACACACAGAUAAAGUCUUCAGCUGGGAGAAUGAUGUAUCGGGGAGAAGUGAGACCUCUUGUGAUCCUUACACACCGCUGAGUUUCUCUGCCAGUAUCUUCAGCUACUCUCCUCGGGAGAGCGCAGAGCCAGCAGAGACCACCAGCAGCUGGGAGUUCAGAGUGGAGUCUUCGACUUCUGCGGAGGACAACCACGCGCCUUUCUGCCCUGCCUUCGGAGGGCGCUCUGACAGCGAGAGCAGCUGGGGGAGUUCGGACUGCUCCAGUGCGGACGGAGACCGCGAGGAGAGCGAGAAGCUGUGGGAUCUUUUCUCCUGCUCCUCAGACCCGUAUCACCCGCUUCACUUCACUGCCAGCGCCUCCAGCUCCAAGCCUGCCAAGAAGGAUGCCAGUGUAGCUCCCAGCGUAGCUCCCAGGCCUCCCAGUGUGAUCGAACCCCCCACAGAGCUCCCACCCUCUCCGACAGACACAGAAAGCAUCGGUCCUUCGUCCUUAUCUGAGGAGGAUGAGGAGGAGACCCUCUGGCAGUCGCUGUGUCACAAUGAUGACCCGUACCACCCUUUACAUUUCAGAGCCUGCAUCAGGAGCUCCAGUGCUGAUGCUAAGGCGAACCGCAGUGCUAGCGAUGCCGCCUCGCAGAACCCUGUCCAUGCCUGUUCAGGUUCCAGCUCCAUGUCGCCGGAUUCCUCUUGGGAGUUUAGUCCGAGUGCAUUCCAGACUCGGAGAAAGUCAAAGAAGCCACGGCUGCUCGGUAAGAGGCGAGCCAAGGGCCACUGCUGCACCACCUCUCCAGACAAACUUGUCUUUGUCCCCUGGAGGAGAAAGGUCAAAGGUGAAAUCGUAGAGGAGCAUGAAGAAGGUCAACCUGCUGUGAAGAAGGUUCAGUUCUCGCCCCGUGUUCAAGUUCACAAGAUGAGGGCUUGGUCAUUUGCCCUUCAGGCCUCUCGCAAAGGACAUUGGGAAGAGCUAGCCAGGGACAGGGAUCGCUUUCGUAGGAGAAUCCAGGACACAGAGCACGCCAUUGGCUACUGCCUGAGUCAAGCACACCGGGAGACGAUCCUUGACGGUCAAGAAAGCAUGGAAGGCAAACAUCAUGGAAGUAAACAGAACUUAACACAGUCAGUUUUCCUCUCGUGACUCAUUUUUGUUGAAUGUGAACUCAACCGCCCCACUGAGAUUGCAUGGCAGGGACUGACCUGCUACCAUUGCAACCUGUACCUCACCACUGCACUCAAGGCAAAGGGCCAUUGCACUGACUUUUGUUGUUGUAAAAUCACAGUUAAUUGAAUGUAUUUUCAUUUGCCUUAUAGACCUAGCAAUGUAUGUUCCGUAUACCUCAAUGAAUGUUUCUUUAGCCAUAUAUUGAUACUGAUACCCAGAACCUCUGUUGAGAAAUUAUGUUUAUUCAUGGAAGGGGAGGUCUGAAACCUCCCCUAGAGCGACAUUUGGAGUAGUUCCUGAUUCUACCAAAAUACUGAAACAUACAUGCUGAACAGGAAAUGUUCAAACGUUAAAAAAAACAUUUCCUUAAUGAAGGACAGCAUUGUUUUAAAAUGCCUGUUAAAAUAAAAUACUUUUUUUGAAGGUAGUCUAGAUUAAGGGAAGGGUCAGUUCUUCAACACCACACAUACUGUAGUUAGAGACACUCCCUCCAGCUGACUCACUUUAGGAAAAGCAAACAUUUGAUUACGGGGGCCAUUCAAAUUACGUGUAUGUCCCACACUGGACCUCACUUUAUUACAAUAGGAAAGCCUGGUGGGACUCAUGUUUACUGAGGUAACUGCCUGUCACCAAAAGCUGGAUUGUGAAUCGAAUCUGUUAAUUAGUCAAUAAAGGUUGUUUUG